AUGAGUGACCCGGUAGGGGGUGGCCGCCGUCGUUCACGGUCGGAACUUCCGUACCAUAACCCGCGUCAGAAUCUCGUAUUGGAACCUUCCGCUACCAGAACUUCAUACCUUACUCCCGGUCCAGUGUCCGAGGAGCAAAACCGUUCGGUAUCACCAAGCGCUCGAGAUGAUUCCAUCUACCGCAGAUCUCGUGAUGGUUCGCACGAGCCUCCCAGAAGAAGUGCAGCUUCGAUUGCCGGUAGUCAGACUCGAGACACGCGCUCAGUGAGGCGCGGUCGUGCAGACACAACGGCUACUCGAGCUGGGUCCUUGUAUCCCGACGGUCAUGAAGGGUUGCAUCGAAGAAGUACCAUGCGAUCCGGACAAAGUCGCAGCAUCGCUCGCGAUCGUUCCAGCGUGGCUGAGGACAGGACUCAUUUUACCACUCUCGCCGGGCCUGAGCCGACCAUACAACUUGCACAGACAUAUGAAAAUUAUGUCAGCCCAGGCUACGUUGACCUCAAUCCGUCUUACGACCAGCCAGCGUACACCAAGCCUGUAUGGAGCUUAGCAAAACCAUUGCCGCGAGUCGUACGCGCGGGCAUGAUCCCAUCGAAGAACGAGAUUCUUGAAUCGCGGCAGAGCGCCGAGCUUCCAAUGGAGAACUCGCAGAAGCUAGGUCUGGACGUCGACCCGACUGAUUUAGAGGAGGGCCGCGUGCGGUUCCAUCCAAAUCCUGCUGUACUAGCCGCACAGUUGAGAGAUGCUCGAACUCAGCGCGAGCACAAUUACAUCAACCAUAUGGCUGCCGCACAGCAAGGCGAAACUUUUGAGCGUGAUACAAGCCGAUCUUCAGUCAUCCCUCGUCAAACUUCACUAUCAAGGCGAGCAAGGGCCUCGACUGGUGCCAGCCUGCACGACAGGCCUAUGAGCCAUGUAGAGGCUGAUAUUGCGGACGAAACAGUCCAUGAUCUCGAUUUAGAUGCCAUACCCGAGGCUCUGACUCCUCCACUGGAGCUCACGGCGCAAAGUCUUGAAAAGCACAUGAGAACCAUCCCCGAGAGUCGGGUCGUCAGUCGGGUUGCAUCAAAAGAGGAUAAUCGCUCUUUGUCUCUGUCGACCUUAGCUGAUGACGCCGAAGAUGCCGAUGACUGGCCGAACUUGGAACCAUUGAAAUCUGUCGAGAACCCGAUUGUUUUUGGAGAAGAGAUCCACAACAACCACACUGGUUGGUCUGUGUUACGCACGCAAUACCGCGAGUUCUUGGCCGAGUUUCUUGCUGUGUUCAUGCAGUUGACCAUGGGCUUCUGCGUUGACCUUGCUCACACGGUCAUGAAAUCUUCGAAUCCCAACUACGCCGCCUGGGGUUGGGGCUUCGCUACAAUGGUCGGGAUCUACGUCUCUGGUGGAAUUUCCGGCGCCCAUCUCAAUCCUGCCAUCACCUUCAUGCUGUGGUUCUUCCGUGGCUUUCCAAAGCGUAAGAUGCCGGAGUACUGGUUCGCACAGCUGCUUGGCGCCUUUGCCGCGGCAUUCACUGCCUAUGGUUUAUACCGAGCUUCGAUCAACAACUACCUCCUCACCAACAACUACUCCGCACAGGCUCAGACCGAUAUUGCCAACAGCUUUGUCACCAGUCAGCGCUUCGAUUAUAUUGACCCGGCCACCGCCUUCUUCAACGAAUUUGUUGGCACUGCAAUGCUCGCAGCGACUGUUCUCGCCCUCGGUGACGAUCAAAAUGCACCGCCUGGCGCUGGCAUGAACUCCUUGAUUAUCGGCUUCGUCAUCUCAUUGGAGAUUUUCGCUUUCGGUUACCAGAGUGGCGCAGCGUUGAAUCCAACUCGCGAUCUGGGACCACGUCUGGCUCUGUUCGCACUGGGCUAUGGCAAGCAAUUGUUCACAAAUCCCUAUUGGUUUUAUGGUCCCUGGGUUGGGACAUUUUGUGGAGCUUUCGUGGGCGCAUGCAUGUACGACAUCGCAAUCUUCACUGGUGGUGAAAGUCCAAUCAACUAUCCUUGGGCGCGCACACAGCGAUCUUAUCGCAAAACACAGGCGAAAUGGAGGCGGAGAGUGUUGCGCAAGGAAAGGCAUGCGCUGGAGGAUUCGCAUUGGGGACGAUAG